GAAAACUAGUAGUGCAUGUGCGCGCGCGUUACGCAGCAACAUUCAUUCCAGGUUCAGACAACCUGACGCGCUGACCAGAGACAAAUUAAACUUGACAAGUGCUUUGUUUUAAUAAACAGUAAAGCGGAGUGAAGUUGUUUAGAUUAGUUAACCGACUAAUAUGGGCUCCAAAAGAAUGCGAGGCGUUUUAACGGUCUGGCAUAGGUGGAUGCUCGUUUUCACUUUGUUGCACACUUUGGCUGUUUUACCCACUUUCACUGAGGGUAAGACCGUGAAAUACCAGACCUACGAAGAAGAUGCUCCUGAUACUGUUAUCGGAGUCCUUGCCAAGGACAUGUCCUUAAAUCCUUCCAUGGGCACCAAGACCAAUUUUCGGAUGAUGAAACAGUCCAACGCGUCCUUUAUCAGAUUGAGAGAGAGCGACGGGCAGCUCACCAUCGGUGAAAGAAUCGACAGGGAGCGGAUCUGCAAGCACACUCCUCAGUGUCUCAUCGCCUUCGACGUUGUGAGCUUUUCUAAAGAACAGUUCAAACUGAUCCACGUCGAAGUGGAGGUCAAGGACAUUAAUGACAACUCUCCAGAGUUCCCCAACAAGGAAACGACACUAGAGAUUUUAGAAAAUGCCGCGGUGGGUUCCAGAAUUCCCUUGGAUGUUGCCGUGGACGAGGACGUGGGCACAAACUACAUUCAAAGCUACCAAAUUUCCGUUAAUAGCCAUUUUACCAUUGAUGUGCUGAUCAGAGCGGAUGGGGUUAAAUCUGCGGAGCUGGUGCUAAUGAAACAGCUGGACAGAGAGACACAGUCGUCCUAUGUGCUGGAGCUUGUUGCUACCGACGGCGGGAAUCCAUCCAGGUCUGGCACCACCAGGAUAAAUGUCAAGGUGAAAGACUUCAAUGACAACAGUCCAGUUUUCGAUCAGAACAAUUUUUCGGUAGACAUACUGGAAGACGCGCCAGUCGGAUUCCUGUUGUUGGACUUAAAUGCAGUCGACCCUGACGAGGGCUUAAACGGUGAAGUUGUAUACGGGUUCGGGAAUCAGGUAUCUGUUGAGAUCAGGCAACUUUUUAAAGUGGACCGAAAAUCCGGGCGCUUAACGCUCCAGAGCCCAAUUGAUUUCGAGAACAAGAAAACCUACGAAUUAGACGUACAGGCGUAUGAUUUGGGUCCCAAUCCGACACCCUCAAUGUGUAAAAUAGUUAUUCACGUCCAAGACGUGAACGACAAUGCCCCAGAAAUCAGUAUUACGCCGAUGACUUCCAUCACGGCGGGGAUUGCUUACAUUACAGAGGCAGCGGCAAAAGACAGCUUUGUGGCGCUGAUCAGCACCUCGGACAGAGACUCCGGAGAGAAUGGGCAGGUUCACUGCACCCUGUACGGACACGACCAUUUCAAACUUCAGCAGGCUUACGAGGACAGUUACAUGAUCGUCACCACGGCAUUCCUGGACAGGGAAAAGAUAGCCGAGUAUAACUUAACAGUGGUAGCCGAAGAUUUGGGCUCCCCUCCGUUCAGAACCAUCACGCAGUACACCAUUAGGCUGAGCGACGAGAACGACAACGCCCCUCUGUUCAGCAAGCCAGUGUACGAAGUUUCAGUGGUGGAAAACAAUGCGCCAGGCGCGUACAUCACCACCGUAGUGGCGCGGGACCUUGAUUUGGGGCACAAUGGUAAAGUCAGCUACAGGCUUUUAGACUCUUACGUUAUGGGCUCGCCUGUAUCUACGUUUGUGUCUCUAGAUCCGGCUACAGGUUCGAUAUAUGCCCUGAGAAGUUUCAAUUACGAAGUAAUGAAACAUCUGGAGCUCCGAAUCCAGGCGAGCGACGGGGGGUCGCCGCAGCUCCACAGUAGUGCAGUCAUCAAUCUAAAAAUAGUUGAUCAGAAUGACAACGCACCUUCCAUCACGCAACCCCUACUCAAUAAUGGAUCUGCUGAAAUCCUUCUACCAAAAGAUGCGCCUUCAGGUUACGUUAUAACCCAGAUAAAGGCAAUCGAUGCCGACGACGGUGUAAAUGCCGAGAUGUCAUACCAAAUUAUGAAAGCAGAGGCUUCCGUGUUCUCCAUCAACAGAGCCACAGGGGAGAUUCGCCUGAAUCGUGAACUGAACUACGAUGUUAACGAAAGUCUGAAAAUCUAUAUCAUAGUCAAUGACAAUGGGAGACCUUCGCUGACUUCCACUGCAACUAUCCGCUUCACUGUCGUUGCUGGGGCUCCCCCCAGCGACCGCACCGUGGUUAGACAAAACGCCGAGGAAGGGCCAAUUCACUGGGACACGUCAAUUGUAAUCAUUGUGGUUCUAGCUGGGAGUUGCUCGCUGCUCCUGCUGGCAAUCAUACUAAUCGCCACUACUUGCAAUCGGCGCAAACGGCAGAAGAAAAGUGGUGGUUUUCAGGACACGGUUGACAUGCCCCACCUGGAGAACGCGAAAAACAAUGGCCACGCGCUCGUGUCCAGCCACGGUGGCAGCAAUGUGUUCGAGUCUCGCGCGUUUACCAAUAAAUCCCCAUUCGCCAGUCCUCACACUGCAGAGAUUGACCCAGAAGACGGCCACGAAACGACGUGCGUCUAUGAGCCCGAAAACAGAAUCCGUACAGGCAAAUUUGAGGGUUAUUCUACGUUACCUGGUUACGGAAAAGAAGCUGUCAGACCAAUCACAAUAUGGAAGGGCAAUUCCUAUACAACCAUCUCAGCUAGAGACCCUCAAUUCAGUGGAAAGGACAGCGGGAAAGGAGAUAGCGACUUCAACGACAGCGACUCUGACAUCAGUGGAGACGGCAUCAAGAAAGACUCAGUCAUCGUCCAAAGUGGUUUGUGGGCGUGCACGAGCGAAUGUAAGAUCCUCGGUCACUCCGACCGGUGCUGGAGCCCGUCGGCCGUGAGGGCCACAGCUACGCCCUCCCAGGGCCACCUGACCACCUUCGCCAAGACAGCCUCGCUGCCGCGUGACACCUUGCGUCGAGACAACUACUACCAGGCGCACAUACCCAAGACUGUGGGCUUGCAGAGCGUAUAUGAAAAAGUUUUGCACAAGGAGUACGAUUACGUGCUGGUUUCCCCACCACUACCUGUCAUGGUGCAGGAAAUUGACGAGAUUACUGCACCAGUGUAUGCGCCUACCACGACGCGGUGCCCCACUAAUGACGUGUAAAGCUUUACAAACGCGUCAGAUUAAUUUAUAAUUUUCCGUGAGAAUUCAAAAUAAAGCCUCAUCACUGUAGGGGCUUAAAGUUAUUUAAUUUUUGGCUUUAAAUAAGAGAAUAUAUACAUUUAUGAAAUAUUUGUGUAUUGACAUUUUGAAAUGUUGGUGUAAGUCCUAAUUUGAUUGUAUCAAGUUUGUAAAACAUACUAUGUAUAUUAUGCAAUGUUUUGUACAUACAGAGUAUAUUUUUAUAAUGAAUCAAAACAAAAGUAUGUAAAAAUGAGCUGUUGUUAUUCAUUUUGGAAAGGCAUGCUUAUUAUUUAAAAAGGCCUGAAAUAAUUAUUAUGCCAGACCACUGAGGCAGGUAACAGAUCCAUAUCAAACUGAUAAAAGUGUAUGAAUUGAACUGAAUGCAGUACAGGUCUGUGUUUGUUUUAGAUUUUUAUCACAUUGUGCAAAUAAAUAUUGAGAUGAUCUUU